AACAACCUCUACAAAAAAGGGAUUGUUAAGUCCCAGCGAGUCUUCGAUGUGCUGUUGGCCACGGACAGAGGUCACUACAUCAAGUAUUACCCGUACAUGGAUUCUCCUCAAUCCAUUGGCUACAAGGCCACGAUCAGCGCCCCACACAUGCAUGCCCACGCCCUGGAGCUGCUCAAGGAUCAGCUGGUGGAAGGUGCCAAGGCUCUGGAUGUGGGAUCUGGAAGUGGAUACCUCACUGCAUGCUUUGCCAGGAUGACUGGCCCGACAGGGAAAGCUGUGGGAGUGGAGCACAUCAAGGAGCUGGUGCACGAAUCCAUCCGGAACGUCCAGGAAGAUGAUCCGACGCUGCUCAGCUCCGGCCGCGUGAAGCUCGCGGUUGGAGACGGCAGGCAGGGAUACCCCGAGGAGGCUCCGUACGACGCAAUCCACGUUGGAGCGGCCGCAGCGACCGUCCCCAAGGAGCUGCUGAAUGAGCUGAAGCCGGGCGGGAGGCUGAUCCUGCCCGUUGGGCCCGAGGAAGCGAACCAGGUCCUGAUGCAGUACGACAAAACCAGCGACGGGCACAUCGUGGAGACCCAGCUCAUGGGCGUCAUCUACGUCCCUCUGACUGACAAGGAGAAGCAGUGGCCUCGGGGCGAACUCUGACACAUGGAUGGAUAUCCCUAAAGGCACCUCAGAAAGCUCAUGAGUGGGACUUAGGCCUGUAGAUGGUCGGUAUGGUUUUGCUUUUUAACGGAAAUUUUAUCCAUGGAUAAAGGGAAGGGAAGUUCUGCUUCAGCAGAGCUCAUUCCGGAGGGAUGGAGAACAGGGGCAGGACCAGAGAAGGCUCUUGGAGGCCACGGCAGCUUCCAGGAAGUGGAUCCGGAUAACUCCAGCUAUCCUCUCUGAUAAACUACAGAUAACAUCAGAGAAUUCCAAAAGCAGGCAGGAAUACUUAAACCUUCACUAAAACAGUUUUAAUAUCGACUACUCUGCUUAAUGCUUGGUGAAAAGAAGUCACAGUUAUUGUCUCAGAGCAAUGAGACUGAUUUGUGUGUUUUUAAUUAUGGGAGCGUGUUCUCUUCUAGUCGUGCAUCCACUAAUUUAAUCUUGGGCAGCAACACUGAAUUUUGGGGUUAAGAAAAAA